AUGCACCCGGGGGCCCUGGGGCUGUACGCCCCGCUGCUGGCGGCCGAGCAGAGCGCGCGCCUCUACUCCACGGUCUACGACUUCACCCCAGGACAGCUCCUCUGGGGGUGGCUGGCCCUUUCCGUGCUACUACCUGGCUUCCUGGUCCAGGGCCUGAGCGAUCUGUGGUUCUGGGCACGUGGACACCAAGGUCAUUGUUUGCUGGCCGUGCUAAUUCUGCUCCUUCAGUUUGGCCUGUGGAAGUGGCGUUAGGAUGCCGUGUCCACUGCUCUAUCGAAGGAGCGGGAAGCCUUCCGCCGAGACCAGGUGCUGCUGCAGGAGGCCAACCUGUCUGCCCUCCGCCUCCUGGAAGCUCUGAUGCAGCCGGGGCCCCACCUGCUGCUCCAGACGCAUGUUUUCGUCGCCUCAGACUUCACAGAUAUUGUGCCAGGUGUGAGCACGCUGUGCUCCUGGUCCGCACUGGCCUGGGCCCUGGUGUGCCAUGCUUGCUGCGUGGGCUUCAUGAAGCGUCAGCUCCUCACGCCAUGGGCCACCCUCUUCUACCAGCAGCCCUGGAGGAUGGGCAUGUUGGGGGCCCGUGUCCUGAGCCUGGUUCUCUUCUUCAGAGCUUACCACGUCUGGGUUUUGGUUUCUGGAGCACUCAAUGAGACGAAACCCAUUUUACAGGUUAUGCUCCUGGAGAAAAUCCUCCUUUUGCUGUUGUCUGCUGCCUUUCUCCAGGGGACCUCCCAGACCAACCUGUGGACCGUAGCUGGAGUCUUGUCUGGAUUUCUCAUUGGCAGUGUCCCGCCAACUCAUUAUAGCCUGCUACACCCUCGACCCACAGGCAUCUGGCAGAGUUGUGUCCGUCCAGGACUCGUCUCUAGCUGGGGAGAGGCCGGGGAGCCCGGGCACACGUCAGGAGAAAAGUCACAAAUUCGCUCACCGUGGGGACCCCCAGAGGCUGGACUGGAAAGCCAGACUGCUCUGGAGGAUUGUUUCCUCAGUCAUCAUCACUGGCUGUUGGUGAAACUUGCCCUAAAAACAGGAAAUGGGUCUAAGAUCAAUGCAGCCUUUGGAGAAGACAGUCCUGGUUGCUUUCGUCCCCCUUUGUGGGGGCUGAACCAGCACUACACCCAGCAGAGGACACCCCUGUUUCCCCAGCAAGACCUCCCACUGUCACCCCAGGACCCCCUGUCCUCAGAGAAAGGCUCUGAGUUUCAAGGUGUCCUGAACUCAGAAGCAGACCUGUUGGAAACCUCCAAAGCAGUCAGCCGCACGGAGGGAGCACAGCCUGAAGGAAGGAGCAGGGGUGAGGGUGGGCAGAGAGGAGGGGAAGGACAGGAGAGCUGCACGCUGUACUUCAAUGCCACGGCCAAGGGGACCCCAGCCUCACCCCAGGAAGGCAGGCAGGUGACUCGCAGACAUCCUACUGCCCAUCCUGGGAGGAGGGCAGAGUCCUCCCCUCGGCCGGCCACGCAGCCCUUCCCUGCCACCAUGGCCGAAAUCAGCCCGAUCCUAGGCCCGGGCCCUUCCGGAAGCUUCCACCACGGUGCAGGCUUGGUUGGCAGAGGCCCCGGCAGCUCAGAGCACCAGCAACGCAAGCUGGUCCCUGGGCUUGGGGACAGGAGAAUCCCAUUUCCGACACCUGUACCCCCAAUGCACCCCCAUCUGGACCUCAGUUUGCACAACCGAAGCCUGAGGGAACUGGAGCGGAUUAUUUCUAAGCUCCAGUGUGAACAGUACAUGCACACACUUCAAGGGCAGAUAGCAGACAGCGGCUCUGAACUUCAGUACAAGUACCUGUAA